ACGACCUUACGACCACAAACAUCGAUCUGGUGCAAAUUAGGUCCACCCAGCUGAAUCGACCCAGCUUUUCACUACGCAACGGCUCCAGGUGCGCUGCAAAGUGACUGCGAAGUUCGCAGUGCGAACGCGUCGAGGCGGCGGAUGCUCGUUGUACCGCGCAAUUACUGUCCGCUCGUUCGUGCUGCCAAAAGUGCAGAAACGCUGACAAGACUUCAGCUCGGGGACCACCAUGAAGGGCGUUGCAGACAACUCGCUGCCCAUGGUGACAGCGUCGGACCGUGUGCUCUCGACCUGUGGGAUCAUGCCAUCCAUGACUGUUACCUAAAUGCCAUCGAAACGAUGGCGAAGAGAUUGUUGACAGUGAUUCGUUGUUCAAGCUUCGUACAUAUCCUCUUUUGCGCUGCUCAAUUUGCGCACCUUCGACGAGCAUCGCUGUCGAUCCACUUCGACGCAUCUCGUGGCAUCUCGGUGGCCCUUUCAGAUAUCUCGCCUAUCCAGGAGGGCAAAAGUGAAGUGAUACGUUGAAUUUGUAAAAUGCUCAAUAUGUUCGUGU